AAAAUAUUUGGAUAAGGGUAAUCUUUGACACUUUAGCAAAAUAAUGUAUUAGUGUUAGUAAUGUGGUUCCCCAUAAAUAAAUUACUGUAAUAGAAAAGUUUGAAAAUGUUCUAUACAAAAUGUACAGAGGGAAUCUUACGCGUAUACCAGCAGCUCUCGAAGCUGUUGAGAAGGUUUACAUUCCCAAAGCAUGCAACCAUCACUUCCCUAGUCCUGCACCCCUUGUCGAAAUUGCUGGAAGAAUUGCUAAUGGUUUACCCCUACCACCUCCAUGGAAUUGGACCCCAGAUGAGGUUUCCAACUGGGUUGGUUCAGAGCUGCAAUUCCCACAGUACAAAGAAUGUUUCACCAAGAACAGAAUUAAUGGCCGAACCUUACUUCUUGUCGAUGCAAGUGCUCUUCCUAAAAUGAAUAUCACUGAUUUCACUCACAUAAAGGUGAUCACUGAAGCAAUACGAAAACUAUAUGGAGUGGAAGCAGAAUAUUUUAAAAGAAGUAUAAGCUUGCCACUGCGCUUUCCAGAAACGUGCUUCUUAUUGCACCAUCUACACUCUGGUCCAGCGUACAGUGACAUGACUCGUCUUGAAUUUUUUCGCCUGGUUGGCAUUGUUGAGCCACCAUAUAAGAUUAUGACGCACUGGGAUUUUGUGCAACCGUACCACCCAGACAUUCCGGGAAAAAUAGUUGUGGGAAGGCCUGGAAUGAAGACAUUGUGUUUUAGAUGCAUAAAAGAAAGAAGAUACUAAUGUCAGUAGCGUAGUCAUUUAGAAGUAUGGCUGAUGAGCAGUAUUGACAAGUAAGUAAUUGUCAGUUUUCUGAAUGAUCCGCAAUUAGCACGAAGGUUGUGUAUCAGUUUGAGAAAAAUAAAUUAAUUUUAUUUUUAA